CAAGCAGUUGUUUGCCGACUUGUGUUGAGUCUAGUUGAGGUCUUGACAUUUUUACGUAAAUCGCGUGUGCUAAAAGACUUAUUUUGCGGUUAACCGCGUGCUAUUUUUGUUGUUUUUUUCUUUUUUUCAAAAAAUUUAUUUGCUCAUUUUUCAAGAGUGACAAGUGUAGUUAAAAAAAAAAAAUAUAACUUGUGCAAAAAGGAGUAACAAAAAAAUUAGGUAAAAUGCCUGUUUUUCACACCAAGACUAUUGAAAGCAUCCUCGAGCCUGUAGCACAGCAGGUUUCGAGGCUUGUCAUUCUACAUGAAGAAGCUGAAGAUGGAAAUGCUAUGCCAGAUUUGGGACGGCCUGUUCAGGCUGUUAGCAUGGCAGUCACAAAUCUUGUUAAAGUCGGAAAAGAAACUAUUAAUUCCUCAGAUGAUGUACUUCUUAAACAAGAUAUGCCAGCCGCCCUCCAACGUGUUGAGGGUGCUUCAAGGCUUCUUGAAGAAGCUUCUGCAUUACUCAAGCAAGAUCCGUAUUCGGGACCUGCCAGUGUUUAUAUUUCAUGUUACAGAAAAAAGCUCAUUGAAGGGUCAAGGGGAAUUCUCCAAGGCACUAGUUCAUUGCUGCUUUGUUUUGAUGAAAGUGAAGUUCGUAAAAUCAUACGAGAAUGUAAACGAGUUUUGGACUACCUAGCUGUUACUGAAGUUAUUGAGACUAUGGAAGAUCUCGUACAUUUUUUGAAAAAUCUUAGUCCAUGUUUGAGUAAAGUUUCAAGGGAAGUUAGUGCUAGAGAAAAAGAACUAACUCAUCAAGUACAUCGGCAAAUUUUAGUUAGAUGUUUGGAUCAAGUUAAGACUUUGGCUCCGAUAUUGAUUUGUUCCAUGAAGAUUUUUAUUCAUAUAAUAUCUCAAGGUGGGAAAGGGGCUGAAGAAGCUGCCGAAAAUAGGAAUUAUCUUUCUGGUCGAAUGUCUGAUGAGUUGAAUGAAAUUAUUCGGGUUCUUCAACUUACUACUUAUGAUGAAGAAGAAUGGGAUGCUGAUCAAUUAACGGUGCUGAAGAAAGCGCAGAGUGCCAUAGAAUCCCGUGUAAGAGCGGCUCAUGAUUGGCUAGAUGAUGGAAGAGCAAUGCGCGGUGGUGUUGGUGAAAAGAGCCUGCGACAGAUUAUUGAACAGGCAGACAGACUAGCAGAACGCUAUCUUUUGCCAGCGCAAGCUGAACCUAUGGCAAAAUUGGCUUCACAAAUAGCUACAAUGACGGAUGCGCUUUGUGAGCUUCGUCAAGAUGGAAAAGGAACAUCGCCACAGGCUGAAUCACUAGCCCGAGGAAUAAAAGAAAAGCUGAAUGAGCUUCGUUCUUCAGUUGCCUCAGCAAUUGUAGCUGCUGAUAAAUCUGGGCUUUCACAAACGGCUCAUACAGUUGCUGGAAGAUUAGAACAAGCUCAUAAGUGGUUGCUCAAUCCACAACACGAUGAUAAAGGUUUAGGACAACGUGCCAUUGCUAUGAUUGUUCAUGAAGGAAAGAAGGUUGCCGAGGGUCUUCCAGGAAUCCACAAAGCAGAAAUAUUACAGCUGUGCGAUGAAAUUGAAAGUUUAUCACGCCAGCUAUCUGAUCUGUGUGCUCAUGGUCAAGGGAAUACACCACGUGCACAAGAAAUAGCUCGUCAACUAUCACAAAAGUUAUACGAAUUGAAGAAUAGAAUUCAACAAGCCGUUGUAUCGCGAGUUGUUGAAGACUUUAUUGAUAUUACAACACCGCUCAAGCAAUUUACUGACGCUGUUCUUACUCCUGAAGGUACUCCAGGACGUGAACAGAAUUUUAAUGACAAAACUCAUGCACUUCAAACAUUCUCCAAUCGUGCAGCGAAAACUGCAAGAAUGGUUGCUGCUGGCGGAAGUGGUGGUAAUAAAAAACUUGCUGAGGCACUUUUAAAUAGUGCUUCUCAAGUAGAAUCAUUAACACCUCAAUUAAUUAAUGCUGGAAGAAUUCGAAUGAGUUAUCCUGAGAGCAAAGCCGCUGAUGAACACUUUGAAAAUCUCCGCCAACAAUAUGCAGAAACGAUGCAAAGAGCUAGAAUGCUCUGUGAUGAAGCUACUGAUAGUGCUGACUUUAUUAGAACAUCUGAAGAGCAAAUGCAAAAACAUGCUUUCCUCUGCGAAGAAGCUAUUGCUAAACAACAUCCACAAAAAAUGGUUGAUAAUACAGCUGCUAUUGCACGUCUGGCUAAUCGCGUUAUUUUAGUUGCCAAACAAGAAAGUGACAACAGUGAAGAUCUUCCAUUUAUUCAACGUGUCAAUCAAGCUGCUGAUGUUCUUCAGCAUUGUGUUACUCCUAUGGUACAAGAUGCUAAGGCUGUUGCCAUGAACAUUACUGAUGGACCUUCUAUUUCACGAUGGAGAGAAAGUAAUCGAGCUCUUCUUAACAGUGUUGGACAAGUCCGUAAAGCUCUUCAUCCGGAUAAAAUAAUUUCCCCUGACAUUUCCCAACUGCGUAUAUCUGACGAAAAUCAUGUGCCUCCCCCACGUCAUACAUAUUUCGCAGACAAAGUCGGUGAACCUUUGAGGAAUCAGCCGUCACCCAGCAAUUUGGGCGCGGUCAGUCCUACUCUUGGUAUUGCCAAACCGCAGCAUCGUUCCAUCAGUCCUUUACCUAAAUGGGCACGUGGAGGAGAUAAUGCAGAUCUACUAUACCAGGAACUUGCCUCCGACAACGACUUUGAGAAAUCGGCAAACGCCGGAGAAAUGGCUCCACCGAGACCUCCACUACCUGGUGGAGAAAUUCCACCACCAAGACCACCACCGCCUGAAACUGAUGAUGAAGAUGAGAUGUUUAUGCAUGCACCUCAACCUAAUCAACCUAUUAUGAUGGCUGCUCAUGGACUCCACCAAGAAGUGCGUCAAUGGUCCAGUAAAGACAACGAAAUAAUAGCCGCAGCUAAGAAAAUGGCUAUUUUGAUGGCUCGUCUUUCUGGUUUAGUAAGAGGAGAAGGUGGCAAUAAGAGGGAUUUAAUUGCCUGUGCAAAAGCUAUUGCUGAAGCAUCACAAGAAGUUACACGCCUCGCUAAAGAACUUGCUCGGGAAUGUACUGACAAACGUAUUCGAACGAAUCUGCUACAAGUUUGUGAGAGAAUACCAACGAUAGGAACUCAACUGAAAAUAUUGUCUACCGUAAAAGCAACUAUGCUUGGUGCUCAAGAUGAAUUGAUUGGCCGCAGUACUGAAGAGGAUCAAGAAGCAACAGACAUGUUGGUUGGUAACGCUCAGAAUCUGAUGCAAAGUGUUAAAGAAACCGUCAGAGCUGCUGAAUGUGCUAGCAUUAAAAUUCGUACGGCCUCAGGAAUGAAAUUACGUUGGGUACGUCGCCAGCCUUGGUACCAGUACUAAAGUAAUCAAAUGUUUUCGAACUGGAAAAAGAAGCCACACAACAAUCAUCCUGCUCAUCGUAAGAGAAUGAAUUGAGUUCUCACCAGAAGAUUUACUGUCAAUUGAACUGAUUACGUAUCGCUUAAAUAAUUGCUUUGGAGACAUUCAAUUGAACUAAAUUGAUGCAGAGAUGGAGAUUGUUUAAAUACCUAUAUGAUGUUCAACUUAGAAAGCUUAACGAAUUUUUCAAUGCCAGAUGCCCACUUUGAUAGCCAUAUAUUGGAUAUUAUAGAAAAUUAGUAAUAGGUUUUAUUCAAAUUUGCAAUGAAUUUUAACAUGAAAAUAUUUUUAGGAGAUAUUUAAAAAAAAAUAGGUUUAAAUUACUAUGAAAGUCUUGAACCAAUUGGAAGAUUAAAAUGACUACGCCUUUUCGGAUAUCAGGGUUCACUUUCAUUAUUUAUUGAUAUCAUCAAAAUCAUUUAUUUAAAUUAAUUAUAUAAUUGUAAAAUUAACCAUCAUCUUUAAUGUGUUGAUUAAUAGUUUUUUCGUUGAGUUUGUAAUGUAAUUGGCAAGAUAGUUUUAAUAUUUAUAAAAUUAUUCUAUUAACAUAUUCUUAGACAAAGUAACAAUGACAGCUUUGUUUAAUUAAUUAGGAAUAACUGUUUUAUAAUAACGUUUAAAAAAUUUUAAAAAUAUUUUUUGAUAUAACAUUAUAAUUUUAAUGAAACCUUAAGAUAAUUUGAUCAUUGAAAUAGUUCCAAGGUUAGAGCAAUAUUAGUAAUUAAGUCAUUAACGAUGUAGAACAAUUUCACUAGUUUUUUUUUCUUUAGUCACCAGUAGUAAUAACGUUUUAACUUUGAUUAAAUAAUGUAAAUAACAAAAAAAGAAAUUAUUAAUUACGGGUAUGUAUAAUAUAAUAAAAAAGUACUGAAUAGUAUUUUAUCACAGAAAAAACCGACAGAUUUUUUAUUCAUAAUGAUUCGUCCACAAAGUGAUUUAUAAAUGACUGUUAUUCUGCGUUCAAUGGCACUUUUUAUGAAUAAAUUAAAAAUCAGUGAAAUUGUUCUAUGAAAAAGGAGUUAACUAGUACAUAUUUAAGUCAAUUAGAUAAAAGGUUCUUAAGAUAUUGUACUAAAUAGUAGUACAUACUGGAAACCUCUUCCUAACUAGACUGGCCUUACUAAAUUAAUAAAGUAACUAAAUCUCUCGAAUAGAUAGUAAAUAUUAAAUGUGUCAGUUUUAAUAAUUGUAUGUAAAAAUUUUUAUGAAGCUAUUUUUCCAUGUGAGAACGCAAUAUUUGCCUUAACAGUUGAAUUAUAUAUUUUUGUAUAAAACUCCGUGCAAUACUUUAGAUUAUUAUCACAUGAGACGAUAAUUUUAUAAACAUUUUAUUUUAAAUUCUUAGAUCUUCCAGUGGUGCUAAAUGCUAGUGCAAUAAAGUAACAUGUAAUAACGGAAUAAUUUAAAUUGCAAUUAUGAUGAUAAAACGAACCUUACUGUAUUUCAGGAACUCUCUAUUCAAAUAUAAAACAACUAAUUAAUUAAUGAUUCUAAAAUAGGUAAUCAUUCAUAUCUCUUAAACAUAUUUGUGGAGGAAAAAUAAAAUUCAAUUCGACUAAUGCCAAUAAAAAUGGCAUAAUCUUAGAAAUGAUUUAUAUUUCUAAAAGGUUUGAAAUAACUUUUUUCAUUUAUUAUAGUUACAAAUAAAUUGUAAGAAUAAUUGUUUUCAAUUGUAAAAAUUACUAAUUUCAAUAAA